AUGAUAGUUGCCCCCACCUAUAUCAUUGAUCGUGUGCUAAAUUGUAGAUAAAGUGCAAAUGAUAUCAACCUACCAAAACUUCUUUGCUUAGAUGCCUACAAAUCUUAUCAACUACUUGUAUUUGUGUUUAUCUUAUUGUUGUAACUGAAACACCUCAAAUCUAAAUACGAGUAAUAAAGAGACAAGAGCGGAGCAAAGCAGAGGAGAUCAGAGAAGAAAAAAAAUAUAUGGGACAAGAAUAUUUGAUUGCAAAACUUCCUGUCAUCGAUUUAGCGGCACCUGAUCGAAUUUCUACAGCUGCUACACUUCGUCAGACAUGCAUUGAAGUCGGUUUCUUCUACGUUGUGAAUCAUGGAGUGGACAAAGCUCUGUUCGAGAGAUUGUUUGAAGAGAGUAAGAAAUUCUUCUCAUUUCCGGAGGAAGAAAAAAUGAAACUUGAAAAGCAGGAAUUCAGUGGAUAUACUGCAUUAUAUUCUGAGAAGUUGGAUACUUCUUUAAACACUAAAGGUGACCCAAAGGAGUCUUUCUACAUUGGCCCGAUUCAUGAUGAAAUUUACAAUUUGAACCGAUGGCCUUCUGAAGAGCUUCUUCCGAAUUGGAGACCAACUAUGGAAGCAUACCAUACACAAGUUACGAGUGCAGGAAAACGUUUACUGUCACUCCUUGCAUUGGCAUUGAACCUCGAUGAGAACUAUUUUGAGAAUGUAGGAGCUUUGGAUCCACCAAUGCCUAAACUUCGCCUCUUACAUUAUCCAGAAGGUGACCCCAGUUGCCACAAUGACGAAGUUUUAGGGGCUUCUGCUCACUCUGAUUAUGGAAUGAUUACUCUCUUGGCCACUGAUGGUGUUCCUGGAUUACAGGUUUGUCGGGAAAAAGAUCGUCAACCACAGAUUUGGGAGAAUGUUCCACAUGUUGAGGGGGCAUUAAUUGUCAACAUUGGAGAUAUGACAGAGAGGUGGACAAAUGGUGUAUUUAGGUCAACAUUGCAUAGAGUAGUGCCAAAGGGACGUGAACGAUAUUCUGCAGCUAUGUUCAUUAAUCCUCGCCACGAUUUUUUCGUGGAGUGCUUAGAAAGUUGCUGCAGUGAGUCUAAUCCUCCCAGAUUUCCCCCGAUCCGCUUCAAUGACUACCUACAAGAACGUUACAGGGCUAUAUCAGUUACAUAUGGAGCUUAGUAGAAUGUCUUGCCACUUUUACUGGAAAUUGUCGUGGAUCAAUAGGUGGAAUUCAUACAUUUAUAAAUGUGUUCAUUUUAUUUAUUGUACUUCGUCUAUCUGAUUAUGUGUCUCGUAAAAUUUGCUAUGAGUAGAUAAUUUGCCUCUUGUAGCUUUUAGUUGCCAGUUGUAUGGUAGAGUUCUGUAAAUUCCAAAAUUAUUAGUGUACAAUGUAUGACUACCGAGUAAAUACAAAAGUAAUUCUAUUACUCUAUUGUAGAAUAUAAA